AUGGAAAGAAUUUUUUUUCAGAAGACAAUUUUGCCAAUUAUUAAUACUGGUAUAAAUUGUAUUAUCAACUUUCUUAAAUCCAUCAGAUUGAUCAAAAGAAGCAUGUGUUGUGUAUAUUGCUCUAGAGGUAUGGAUUGGCGAGCUUGUAGUAAGACCAAAGACAAAUUUGUUUGGAAGUGCGGAA